AUGACCGACCGCGGACCCAUGAAUCCUCUGCGGAGAGGGGUAGUUUUCUAUCGAGGAUUCCGACGACGACUCAAAUCCGGCGAUAACGACAUCAAACGACGGCGAUUCAAGUUAAAUUCCGGCACUGAUGGAGGGCAAUUUCCUCGAUGUUUUAGCGAUGGAUUUGGCUCCCGGCACGAUGAUCUCAAUCAAAAAACGGAUUUAACUUUAAAAGGCGUGGUGGAGAUGCAGUUGGAUUUUGGUGAAACUGAAUAUAUUCUCAUUUGUGGUUUAAAAGUUUGUCCUUAUGUGGAUUUACUCUAUGAUGAAAAAGGCCGGUCAAAUUCAAAUCUUCGUGCUCGGUUGUUCCCAGACAUUUCUGAUGCACGUUUGCAGCUGAAAGAUUUAGAAGAGUACAUUAUGUCUCUGAAUUAUUUCACUUCAGGAUGA